CAGUGGAAAGACGUCGAAGGAAGAUAUCUCUCUUGUCUCAUCUUUGACUCUCUGCGCUGUCAACACAUCACCGGAGUACCGCACCGCAGCGCGGAAGCCACGCCUGGUUUGGUAGCACGGCCCUACCUCUGUCUCUGCAGAUACUCGCAGCCGGCCUAUUCCCAGGCAUGGAUGAAGGUUGCACUCAGACAUGGCACUGCGACAUUAUACUCUCGACUUCAAGCUCUCUACGGCAGUUGACUCUGCCACGACAGUUCCUGAUAUACUGUCCAUAUUUCAUGAGCAAGAAAUGACAGAGACUGUCCAUGAAACAAACGGGCAUGGAUACCUCGGUACUUUUGUUGGCAAAAAUGGCCGGCUUGCUAUUCUGCGUGUGCACUCCCAUGCGUUGGUCACCAUUGAUCUGCAGUGUUAUGAAGAGGAUAACAUUGCACAACUAGACAAUCUUUUAAAUGCACUGGAAACGAAGCUUAAGGUUAUCCUUAAUGGCAAUAUUACAAGGAUUAAAAGGCUCCCAGCCCUUGUACGAGGAGCAGAAGUUGACAGAUACUGGCCCACAGCUGACGGUAGACUGGUUGAGUAUGACAUGGACCAGAUAGUGUACGAAGAAGAUUCUGCAUACCAAAACAUAAAGAUAUUGCACUCACAGCAGUAUGGAAAUGUCCUCAUACUCGAUAAUGACUUAAACCUAGCAGAGAGUGAUUUGGCCUACACCCAAGCCAUCAUGGGUAACGGAAGAGAGAAUUAUGCUGGAAAAGAGGUGCUGAUAUUAGGAGGAGGUGAUGGAGGCAUCAUUUCUGAGAUGGUCAAACAAAAGCCAAAGAUGAUCACCAUGUUGGAUAUUGACCAGAAGGUGAUAGAUGCUUGCAAAAAGUACAUGAGAGGAACUUGCGGGAGUAUCCUCGACAACCUGAAGGGAGACUGCUACCAAAUACUAGUAGAGGACUGUGUCCCUGUGCUGAAGAAGUAUGUCCAGGAAGGAAAGACUUUUGAUUACGUCAUCAAUGACCUGACUGCAAUCCCAAUAUCUACACAGCCAGAAGAAGACUCUACAUGGGAGUUCCUGCGUCUAAUCUUAGAUUUGUCAAUAAAAGUCCUGCAUCCCUCGGGGAAAUAUUUUACACAGGGGAACGCCGAGACCCUGACGGAGGCACUGAGUCUGUAUGAGGAACAGCUGGGGAAGCUCUCGUGUCCGGUGGCGUUCUCCAAGGAGGUGACAUGUGUGCCCUCCUACUUGGAGCAAUGGGUUUUCUACUCCAUCUGGAAGAAGUAAAGACCUCCAGUUUUCUCUGUUUUAAUCCUCAGCAGCUGGAAUGUGAAUGCUCCUCCCAUUUCUGCUGUAGCCUUAAAGGUGUGGUCAGACUGAACGUGACAUAGAAAUCAGAUGCAACACAAAGUUUAGAUAAAAUUAUGGGGGCUUCACAAUUUAAGGAGUUUAGCUGGAGAAAUAUAAAAAGAGAUUCAAGAGGUUUAUUGUAUAUAUAUGCACAGUAAAGACAACUUAAACCAUGUGAUGACAAGCUUGCUUUGCAAGACUUCCUAACACUAC